AUGACAACAACUGAGAAAACUACUGGAAUACAGUUUAACAACUGCAGCGUCCUCUUCUCUGACAUAGACGAUUUUCGUGACGUAGAAUUGACGGAGGAACUACUUCUACAAUGGCCGUGCGAAGUCUUGAAAUAUUACUACGACCUCCAACCAUUGGUCAAGCUUGUGAAACUGCUUCUGAACCAAGGAUCGUCAGCUAUCGUCGGACUCGGCUUCGUCUUCAACAUUUUGGCCUUCGUUACCUUCAUGCAGGAAAAGAUGCGGCGAGUCUCAAUGGGGAACUACCUCGCAGUCCUGGCAAUUUACGACAGCAUGGUUUUGAUAUUUAACUUUUUGAUUGGCGUUUUGCGCGGACAGAUCGAAAGUGUCAACGCCACUUUCCAACAGAGUGAGGCACUGUGCAUACUGCAUUCAAUUGGUGUAGAGUUGUUUACGAUGUUGAGUGUCUGGAUCAUAGUCUGUGUAACGGCGGAGAGGGCGCUGGUCGUGAUCUAUCCCCUGAAGGCGUCCAACAUCACCGUAUCCAGAGCUCGUAAAACAAUCGCCUGGGUCUCCCUUAUCAUUCUCCUUUUCAGCUGCAGUAAGGGCUUCGUGACCGGGUUCGAAGGUGACAGUGUGUUCGGAUACGCAGCAUGCCUCACCAAUCGUGCGCAGAAUCCGGCAUUGGUUUACAUGUACGUGGCAAUAAGUACAUGGAUUCCCACUUUUACAAUCCUUGGGUUGAACAUCACCAUUUUGUAUGUACUCAACCGCGAUAAAAAGAAACUCGGUGCUAUAAAUUCUGACGCAAUGUCAAGGAAACAAGCGGAAAGAGAAGGAAAGUUGACCAUCAUGCUUUUGACCUUGACCUUUUCAUUCCUUUUCUUAAUCCUACCCCUAGGGAUUGUCCAAUCAGCGGAGCUGUAUUGGAAUAAUGUGAUGAAGGUUCCACCUAGCGGUACCGAGCCCAACAAAUCCGAAUACAUCUUCUUCUUCCAAACAAAACUUCUUCUCAAAUGGGUGAGGGCCUUCUUCUUCUUCUUAUACCAGUUCAAUUACGCGAUAAACUUGUUCCUGUACUGCAUUUCUGGUGACAAGUUCAAACGGGUGUUUGUAAGUUUCGCAUUCUGUUUGCCCGAGACGUUGGGACAAAGCAAGGCAUCGAUGAUGGGUAGCAGCAUGAGUUCGCGCGGGACCAUUUCCCUCAAAAUGUCGAACAGCACCCUGGAUGUGGAUAAUGCUGCCGCCACUCCAUCACCAACGCCGCCAACAAAUCCUAAAAAUCCGCGCUUUUAG